AUGCGCAGGCUCUGCUGCACGACGCUCUAUUCCACACGGAAGGUGACCGCGGCGUGGGUUUGACGUGACGUGAGUUGCCUGUUUGUUCCGCUCCGCUCACUAGCUGUCACGUGGGCAAAUAAGUUAAAAAAGAAUGACUCAGGGAGACAUGGCCAAACCUCUUUUGAGAACCUCUUCAGAAGGUGUACCAAGUUUUACUUCCACAAGCAAAAUGGCUAUAGGUAUACUGGGAAGUGGAGACUUUGCUCGAUCGUUAGCAACCAGACUGAUUUGUUCAGGAUUUAAAGUUGUGGUUGGAAGCAGAAACCCAAAACGAAAUGCUGGACUUUUUCCUCAAGCAGCUGAAGUAACUACACAACUGAAUGCUGUCAACCAGACUGAGUUAAUCUUUAUAGCUGUCUUCAAGGAGCAUUAUUUUACACUCUUGGAACUAAAACCUAUUCUUGCUGGAAAAGUACUAGUAGAUAUAAGUAACAGUACUGAUCUGAAGCAUCAGACGGAAUCCAAUGCAGAGUACUUGGCAUCACUCUUCCCAGAUUCCAUUGUUGUGAAGGGGUUUAAUGUUAUUUCUGCCUGGGCUCUGCAGUCUGGUCCCAGAGAUGGAAAUAAGCAGGUGUUCAUCUGCAGUGACAACAGAGAUGCCAGUGCUAAAGUCUGUCAAAUUGCUCGUACUAUGGGAUUCAUCCCAGUUGAUAUGGGUUCCUUGUCAUGUGCCCGUGAUAUAGAAUCCUUCCCUUUGCGCCUUUUUCCUAGCUGGAAAAAACCAUUUUUGGUUUCAUUUGGUCUUUUUAUUUUCUUUUACUUCUAUAACUUUAUCAUAUCUGUUUUGCAUCCAUAUAUAACCAAAAAUCAAAAUGCUUUUUACAAAAUGCCAAUUGAACUUAUGAAUGUCACACUGCCUUGUGUAGCCUAUGUUUUGCUUUCCCUUGUUUACUUACCUGGAAUAUUAGCAGCAUUUCUUCAGCUGAAGAACAACACUAAGUAUAAACGUUUCCCUGACUGGCUGGAUCAGUGGCUCAAACACAGAAAGCAACUUGGUCUUCUGAGUUUUUAUGCAGCAGUCUUGCAUGCUGUGUAUAGCCUAUGCCUCCCAAUGCGUAGAUCAGCUCGCUACGAGGCAUUAAAUGAAGCAUAUAAACAGGUACAUGCUGGCAAAGAAAAUGCAUGGGUAGAAGAAGAGGUCUGGAGAAUGGAGUUGUAUGUCUCCUGUGGAAUUAUGGCGCUUGGUAUGCUGUCACUGCUUGCAAUCAGCUCUUUGCCAUCUGUGGGAAGUGCCCUUAGCUGGAGAGAAUUUAAUUUUAUUCAGUCAAGACUUGGAUAUGUUGUCCUUAUGACUGCUACACUACAUACUCUGUUAUAUGGAUGGAAGAGAGCAUUUGAUGCAAAUCGAUAUAAAUUUUACCUCCCACCUACCUUCACCCUGACUCUUGUAAUACCUUGCAUAGUUCUGCUUUCUAAAUUGUGCCUUCUUCUGCCCUGUGUAAAUCGAAGACUAAUGAGAAUUCAAAGAGGCUGGGAAAAGAAGGCUGGAUCACAGGUACUGGAAGAACUAGGAUGCAUCACUGAUAGUUCACCCUAUGAGACCAUCAGUAAUGUGUGACCGCAAGUAGCUGGGCAGAUUGUCUGUCUGUUUGUUUUCAGUAUCAUUACAUUUGUGGCUACUACUUUUACUGAGAGUUUUGUGGUGGAUCGUUACACUUUGUUAUGUUUAGGUCUCAAACAUAUAGCACUUACUGCAUUUUUUGUAAAGAAUCUUUUACUCUAGAAAUGUAUUAAACCUUAGCUACUCCCUUGGAUCAGAUCUUAGGCUUUGAGGUUAUUUUACCAUCUUUUGCCUAUAUAAAAAUUAUUGUCGUCCAAUAUAGCCACAUCUGCAGGAUGGUGUAAAAUACCAGACUUUAUAGUUUUACAUGCUCAGAGCAAUAAAAAUAUGUUUGUUUUGCUCUUAUGAAAUUCUGAAAUACUGAAGUCCUAUGAAUCAUGUUUUCAAGUUUCUCUUGAACUUUACUUUAUGUACAUUGAUACAUAUAAACACUGAAUCUGGGAAUGAGAAACAUUUAUUUUUUCAUGACACUUGAAUCAAAUUAUGUGUAAAAUAUAAUCUAUUAUAUUUUUAUAUCACACAAUUGUGAGCACAAUCAGUAGAUGAAGAAUAGAAUAUUUAUAUAAUUUUGUGCAGAUUUAUGUUGUUACCUCUUUGGUCGUAUAUGAGUUGUAUUUCUAAAGAAUCAACAUAUAUAUUGAAAUUGCUAACUUUUAUUGUGAAUUAUCAAUACUUUAUGUUUAGGAAAAAUGUAUUUUGACCAUUUUAUCUAUGAAAGCCAUACUUACUCAGCAAAAUGAUGGUGGGUAACAUUCCCGAACAUUCUGCCUUGUGGUUCAGAGGUUACCAUACAUGACAGACAUAUUUUACAGACUGUUUACAUACAUUCAUUAUGCAGUGCUAGAGUGUCAACUGUCCAAAAAAGAUACUGCACACAUUAAGAGUCAACACUGGAAAUUGUUUUAUCCAAUAAAUGAAUGUUUGAAUGCCCCAGUAAACUUUCUGGUUUGUACACCGUGCUUUAUCACUGCUGUGGUCUGCAUGAUAUUGUAAAUAAGCCUGUGUUUUUAAUAAAAUCAGGAGUUUCUUUGUCUAUA